GAGGGUGGCUUGGGCGGUCUUACAUAUCCACUGCUUGCUGAUUUUAAAAAGGAAAUUUCUCGGGAUUACGGAAUUUUAUUAGAAUCCUCCGGUUUAUCUCUUCGAGGACUGUUUAUUAUCGAUCCAAAGGGUGUUAUACGUCACAUAACCAUCAAUGAUUUGCCAGUUGGCCGGAGUGUCGAGGAGGUCCUACGUCUCGUUAAGGCAUUUCAAUUCGUGGAUAAACAUGGGGAAGUAUGUCCUGCUGAUUGGAAGCAAAACUCACCUUCUAUCAAGCCGACUUUAGAAGGGGCAAAAGACUACUUCUCCAAACUCAAAUAG